UGCUUAUUCUCUUGCGGGUUUACCACAAGAGUCGUGCUGGGAGAAAUCAGAUGGACAAGAUGAACCAAAGCUCAGCUGAGGCAGGGUCUGGAACCAUAGCACUGCGUUACCUCAGUAAAGGGGAGGCAGAAGCUAUCGAGACAGAGCUGCUCAGGGACUACAAGUUUGGACAGCAGCAGCUGAUCGAGAUCUGGGGACAAGCAUGCGCCCUCGCCAUCACUAAGGCCUAUCCUCUCAGCUCUCUAGCAAAGAAGCAGCCGACGGUGCUGGUGAUCUGUGGUCCGGAUCAAAAUGGCUCCAUUGGCCUGGUGUGUGCCCGACACCUGCGCAUGUAUGAAUAUGAGCCGACCAUCUACCACCCUAAACGCUCCUAUCAAAGUCUACACCAGGACUUCACAGUUCAGUGUGAGAAGAUGGACAUCCCUUCCCUCUCCUAUCUCCCCACAGAGGUGCAGCUCAUAAACGAUGCCUACAACCUAGUGAUUGAUGCCAUGCUGGGCCCAGAGACAGACUGCGCCAACAUUAAGGAGCCCUACCCCGGUAUUCUGGUCACCCUGAAGCAAAUCAAGGUCCCUAUUGCUAGUGUGGAUGUGCCCUCAGGUUGGGACGCAGAGGAACCGAGUCAAGAUGGGAUUAACCCAGAAGUUCUCAUCUCACUCACAGCGCCAAAGAAGUGCGCCAUGAGUUUCUCCGGGAAACAUUUUUUGGCCGGACGCUUCUUGCCCUAUGACAUCCAGAAAAAAUACGACCUUAACCUCCCAGACUACCCUGGCACAGACUGUCUCAUAGAAUUGUAACACAUGGGAAAAAUAAGAGCCAGUGUCCACUCCUCAUUUUCAAAAAUGUAAGGUUGAUCUAUUCUCUUGUUUUGUACUUCAUGGAUUGUUAAUGUGAUUUAAUGUUAACAGUUGGGUAGAUCACGCUACACCUUAGCUAAAUGUUGAGCUGCAGUAGAAGGAUCAUUUUUAGAAGCUGUGGUUUGAGUCAAGUCCUUGCAGGGAAUGGCAUGAGGAGUAUUUGUGUCAGUCUACUUGUGAAAGCUGUAGCAUUACACUGUUUUUCUGAUUAAUUUGCUAAAUAUGUUCACUUCUUUUGUUCACAGUCAGCAAAGAAAUAUGAAUUUUCUAUGAUGCCAGCCACUGGGACGUUUUUUUCUUCAACACUUUUCUAACGUUCUUCUCAUGUUGAACUUUUUACUGAACUGUGCUAACGAGAUAAGAUGUUGUGCAGAUUGGCCAUUUUGAACUUUUUGUUUAUGUGUUUCUGGUUUGUUUGGUCAGCCUGCACUUCUGAGUUACUUUUGUCUCCGUUACUUCAUCAGCUGUAAAAGGCCCAGACCGUUCUUGUUGUCCAAUAAAAACAAAAGAAACCCCUUCAA